AAUGGCAAGUUGGAUUUGCGCCAUUUGUCAAAGUUCAUUAUAAUUUCUGUGCAAUUUGUGUUUUUUUUGUUUCUAUUUUCUGUAUUAUAUGAUGUAAACACUAAUCGUCAAAUCUUUCCUUAUAACUUGUACAACUUAAAAUACUUCGUGCCAAAGUUAUUUCUAAAUUAUAUAAAGUGCAGUGACAUAAAUAUUGAAUAAAAUAAAAGAAGGUUAAGAAUCGGUUUAUUGUAACAUUGUAACCUGUAUAAUUUGCUUUUUCUUCGUCUGAAUUAACAGCCAGUUUGUAAGAAGACAUUGUGACAUGGUUCAACAAUAUCAAUCACCUGUUCGGGUGUAUAAGCAUCCUUUUCCGCUCGUAAUGAUGGCAUAUGAACGCAGAUUUCCUACUUGUCCAAAAAUUCCUGUUUUUGUCGGUUGCGAGAUAGUUUCAGACGAAGAAAGUAAAAAUGGCUCAAUUAGAAUAACAGAACGACGCUGUAAAUUAAAUGUUGAAGCACCGUAUAUUUUAAAAAAGAUCAUUGGAGUAGAUUUUGUAUACUUUAUUCAAAGGAAUGUUUUAAAUAGACGAAAUAGCGUUCUAGAAAUAGAAGCGUAUAAUGAAAGUUUUUCAUCUAGAGUAUCGGUUAUCGAAAAGUGCAGAUAUUUUGUUCAUCCUGAAAAUCCAGAAUGGACGUGUUUUGAACAAACUGCAAGUUUAGAUAUUAAAAACUUCUUUGGUUUUGAAAACUCAAUGGAAAAAUUAGCGAUGAAACAAUAUGCUCAAAAUAUUGCAAAGGGCAAGGAGAUAAUUGAAUACUUCAUAAAUCAAUUAAAAGAAGAGGGUAUCGUAUAUGUACCUCCAUGGGAGGAUCCAAAUGAUAUAUCUGAGAAAAAUGAAGGAGAUAUUGCAAAAAGCCAAGAAUCUCUUGUUCCAGAAGAAACUUAUUCUUGUGCGGACAACAAAUUACAAAAUAGAGAAAUGCAGUUAUCUUCAGAUUACAUAGAAAGGUACUUAGGAAAGCUUGACAUGAUGCAAGAAAGCAAACUUAUUCAGUUGAGACAAAGCAUAAAGGAAUUAAGGGGAAGUUCAAUACCUGGAGAUGCGACUCUUCUAAGAUUUUUAAGGGCUACUGAAUUUUCAGUUGAGAAGGCAAAGGAAAUGCUAACACAGACAUUACAUUGGAGGAAGAAACAUCAAAUUGAUAAGCUACUUGAAGAAUAUGACAUACCACAAGUAGUGAAAGAUUAUUUUCCUGGUGGUUGGCAUCAUUUUGAUAAAGAUGGUCAACCUUUAUAUAUUUUAAGAAUGGGACAAAUGGAUGUAAAGGGAUUAUUGAAAUCUAUCGGGGAAGAUGACUUGCUGUUGCUGGUACUACAUAUUUGCGAAGAAGGACUGGUUCUUAUGGAAGAAGCAACUGCUGUUUCUGGCCAUCCAGUUUCGCAGUGGUGUUUAUUAAUAGAUCUUGAAGGUCUAAAUAUGCGUCACUUAUGGAGACCUGGUAUAAAGGCUCUAUUACGUAUUAUUGAAAUCGUUGAAAUAAAUUACCCAGAAACUAUGGGGAGAGUUUUAAUUAUGCGAGCACCUAGAUGCUUCCCUAUUUUAUGGACAUUGAUAAGUACAUUUAUAAAUGAAAAUACAAGAAAAAAAUUCAUAUUUUACUGUGGCACCAAUUAUCAAGAACAAGGUCCUGGUAGCCUAAGUGACUAUAUCGAUCCUGAAUUUAUCCCAGAUUUCCUCGGAGGAUCAUCUGAGGACAAUGUAUGCGAGGUUUAUGGUAUGGUACCUCGAAGAUUUUAUAUUUUCGACGCAACUGCUAAUAACGCCUACAUUACUGAAGGAGGAAUUGUACCGAAACAUCUAUAUAAAAUGGAAUUGGAACCUACAUCGUCUCAAGAAGAGCAUAAUCUAUAUCAUUGCAUUAGUUUAAGCCGUGGACAAAUUCAUCGUGUAAUAAUCCGUUCUAAUGAUCCAGGAGCAGUUUUAACAUGGGAUUUUGAUGUGAUGCGUCAUAAUAUAAUAUUCACCGUACUUUACCAAGCUUAUAACGAUGACAAAGAUCUUUCAUUGGAAUCUGUUACAGCUGAAGAUGCAGAAUUAUUAGAGAUGAAAGAAAUCAAAGGACAUUUCAUUAAGGUCGAACCGAGUAUUGUUUGUCAUGAUGGUGAAAGCAUUCAAGGUUCUCAUAUAAUGCAAAAUGCUGGUGUGUAUAUAUUGCAAUGGCAUAAUCAAGAUGAUCCAGGAGAGUUUCUUCCAUCUAUUAGUGGUCAUAAGGCCCAGCUUAUGUAUUUUUAUGAAACAUUAUCUUCGGUUCAUUACAGAGGAUCUAUGAUGAGCUUGCAAUCUGCUAUAAGUACAAAAUCAGAAGCAACUUCAUUUUUGUCUAGAUGACGUGUAAACCAUACGUCAUAGACUAUUUACCAAGGAUUAGGAUUAUGAAACAUUGAAAAUAGUGGCUUUAUUUGAAUAAGUUUAUUAAUUUACAAUAUAUUACAAUAUAAUAUUACAAUAACAUUAUAAUAUUUAAAUUUUUGAAUCUUAGUUUAUAACAGCACUGUUAUCAUGUUUUAAAUAAGUAUAUAACUAUCUAUAUUGUAAUCGCUUGGUAGAGUGCACGAAAUUUUAAUUCAUAAAAUAUGUAAAACAAUUUAAAGUAUAAUUAAAAGUUUAAA